AUGAACCCGCACCAGCAGCAGAAUCAUUUUCUGGAAAUAGACAAGAAAAACUGCUGUGUGUUUCGGGAUGACUUCAUAGCCAAUGUGCUGCCGACGGUGUUGGGGCUGGAGUUUGUGUUCGGGCUCCUGGGCAAUGGCCUUGCCCUGUGGAUUUUCUGCUUUCACCUCAAGUCCUGGAAAUCCAGCCGGAUUUUCCUGUUCAACUUGGCUGUGGCUGACUUUCUCCUGAUCAUCUGCCUGCCAUUCUUGACAGACAACUAUGUGAGGAAGUGGGACUGGAGGUUCGGGGACAUCCCUUGCCGGCUGAUGCUGUUCAUGCUGGCCAUGAACCGCCAGGGCAGCAUCAUCUUCCUCACUGUGGUGGCUGUGGACAGGUACUUCCGGGUGGUCCAUCCUCACCACGCUCUGAACAAGAUCUCGAAUCGGACAGCUGCCAUUAUAUCCUGCCUCUUGUGGGGUGUCACCAUCGGCCUCACGGGUCACCUCCUGUCCAAAAAAAUGUUGAUCAGGAACCAAGAUGCGAAUUUGUGCAGCAGCUUUAGCAUCUGCCAUACCUUCAGGUGGCAUGAUGCCAUGUUCCUCCUGGAGUUCACCCUGCCCCUGGGCAUCAUCCUGUUCUGCUCGGCCAGAAUCAUCUGGAGCCUGCGCCAGCGACAAAUGGACAGACAUGCCAAGAUCAGGAGGGCCAUCAACUUCAUCAUGGUGGUGGCCAUUGUCUUCAUCAUCUGUUUCCUGCCCAGCGUGGCUGUGCGCAUACGCAUUUUCUGGCUCUUGCACACCGUGGGCACGAGGAACUGUGACAUCUAUCGCUCGGUUGACCUGGCGUUUUUCAUCACCCUUAGCUUCACCUACAUGAACAGCAUGCUGGACCCUUUGGUGUACUACUUCUCCAGCCCAUCUUUUCCCAACUUCUUCUCCACCCUGAUCAACCGCUACCUGCGGGAGAAGACGCCCCAACAGUCAGAUAAUAACCAGAGCACAAGCAUGGAGCUCACGGGGGAUCUGAGCGCCACCAGGAGUGUGCCAGACAAUUUAGUGGCCCACGCCGGUGAGCCAUGGAACCCGUCUUAUCCGACCCCAGCUUCUCGCUAAAUACCCGAGCCAAGAAGUGAGAUGGUCACCAAGAACCAAG